AUGACGGCUAUAGCUACAUGUCAGGCGGCUCUGACAACCAAGAUUGAUCACUUACAGAGCGACAUUAAUUGUCUACCCCAUGAUAUGGAUAAAAUGAGAGAUCGCACUAAAGAGGUGGAACGCCGCCUGGGAGAUGUGGAGGACUCUGCAAAUACCACGUCCGAGACAACCAGAAGCCUGCAACAACAGGUGAAGAUUUUGCUUGCCCAGACUGAGGUCCAGAAACAACGGCGACAGUUUUCAAAUGCCAGGACUCGUCUACGGGAGCUGGGAAUCAAGUACGCAAUGAUAUACCCGGCCAAGCUGAGAAUCCAAGAGGGAGACCGAGCCAGAUUUUUCCAGACAACGUCCGAGAUGAAGAGAAGGACUAUGAAAUCUCAGAGAACUGCUCUGAUGUCCGUGCACAUUGAUCCGGCAGGGAAAUAUGUACUCCUGCAGGCCAACAUUAGAGGCUGUGAGGUCCUAAUAGGUUUUGUGGCAGUGGUUAACAAGUUAGUGAGUGCUCGCUUUGCUCAGCUAGUCUCCGCUGCAGAGCGGCUCAUAGCAUCACUCCCAUGGCCAUCUUAUGAGAAGGACACUUUCCUCCGUCCAGACUUCACCUCUUUGGAUGUAGUAACAUUUAGUGGCAGUGGCAUUCCUGCUGGAAUUAACAUCCCAAACUAUGAUGAUAUCAGACAGAGCAUUGGAUUUAAGAAUGUGUCAUUGGGAAAUGUUUUAUCAGUUGGUUCUGCAACUGAACGUGAUAAGCUAACAUUCUUAUCUGAAGAAGACAAGGAUGUUUUUAUAAAGUAUCGCGGUCCAUCUUUUGAGGUUCAGGUUGGUCUGCACGAGUUAUUAGGACAUGGCAGUGGAAAGCUUUUUGUUCAGGAUGAAAAAGGAACAUUAAAUUUUGACAAAGAGAAUGUUAUUAACCCAGAGAGUGGAGAGCAGGUGAAAAGUUGGUAUAAGCCUGGUGAAACUUGGGACAGUAAAUUCUCUACAAUAGCCUCUUCCUUCGAGGAAUGCAGAGCGGAGUGUGUGGGGCUGUAUCUGAGCAUCAAUGAAGAGGUGUUGCGGAUAUUUGGCCAUGAAUCUCAUGAAGCCCAGGAUGUUUUGUAUGUGAAUUGGUUAAAUAUGGUCCGGGCCGGGUUAUUGGGACUGGAAUACUAUACACCAGAGACUGGCAAAUGGAGACAAGCUCAUAUGCAAGCUCGCUUUGUCAUUCUCUGUGUCCUCCUGGAUGCUGGAGAGAACUUUGUCACCAUCACACAAAAAGCCGGCGCUGACGGCCGCCCGGAUGCACAAGUGUCCCUAGACAGGAGUAAAAUUAUUAGCGUGGGUCAACUAGCCAUGCAUCGUUUCCUGCAGCGCUUACAGGUAUUUACCAUGAGACAUAAAUGGAUUUUAAUUAGA